AUGGCUACAACGGGGACAAUUUCGUUGGCUCUAGAGGCCAACAGCUCGGAGGCGAUCCAGAUACUGUAUGAGAUUCUGGAAGAUCCAUCGUCAUCGCCAGAGGCUCUGCGGAUUAAGGAACAAGCCAUUGGUCUCCUCUGCGAUCGUCUCACUGAGGAGAAAAAAGGGGAGGACCUCCGUUUACUCUUAACCAAACUGAGGCCUUUCUUUUCGUUGAUCCCCAAGGCAAAAACUGCAAAAAUCGUCAGAGGGAUAAUUGAUGCUGUGGCGAAGAUACCGGGAACUACUGAUCUGCAGAUCACGCUCUGCAAGGAGAUGGUCGAAUGGACCCGAGCUGAGAAACGUACUUUCCUGAGGCAGCGAGUUGAAGCGAGGCUAGCCGCACUUUUGAUGGAGAACAAAGAAUAUGUUGAGGCUUUGGCGCUGCUGAGUAAUUUGGUCAAAGAGGUCAGGAGAUUAGAUGAUAAGCUCCUUCUGGUUGACAUUGACUUGCUGGAGAGCAAACUUCACUUCUCAUUGAGAAAUUUACCAAAGGCGAAAGCUGCACUCACCGCGGCUAGGACAGCUGCAAAUGCGAUAUAUGUCCCACCGGCUCAACAAGGCACCAUUGAUCUUCAGAGUGGGAUUCUUCACGCUGAAGAGAAGGACUACAAAACCGGAUACAGCUACUUCUUUGAAGCCUUUGAGUCCUUCAACGCUCUCAGUGAUCCUAGAGCGGUUUUCAGCUUGAAAUACAUGUUGCUGUGCAAGAUCAUGGUUAGCCAAGCUGAUGAUGUUGCAGGAAUAAUCUCCUCGAAGGCUGGACUUCAGUACGUUGGCCCUGACCUUGAUGCCAUGAAGGCAGUUGCUGAUGCUCACUCAAAGAGGUCCUUGAAAUUGUUUGAGAACGCACUCCGUGACUACAAAGCGCAGCUAGAGGAUGACCCAAUUGUCCACAGGCAUCUCUCUUCUCUCUAUGACACGCUUCUGGAGCAAAACCUGUGUCGUUUGAUCGAGCCCUUCUCACGAGUUGAGAUAGCACACAUUGCUGAGCUGAUUGGAUUACCGCUUGACCAUGUGGAGAAGAAGCUAUCGCAGAUGAUCCUUGACAAGAAAUUUGCAGGUACCUUGGAUCAAGGAGCUGGAUGCCUAAUCAUAUUCGAAGAUCCAAAGGCAGAUGCUAUCUACUCGGCUACGCUCGACACCAUUGCAAACAUGGGGAAGGUCGUUGACAGCCUUUACGUCCGUUCCGCCAAAAUCAUGGCCUGA